UAACUCUUUGGUCUGAAGGUGCCACAUGCUUGUCGAGAUUUAGCUCCCCUGGACUGUCUCCUCUAGGAACGUAGCCCGCAACUUUACAAGGAAUAUCUUUGAAUCCUGAACAAAAGAAGAGAAUAUAGAUAGAAGAUGAUACAAACAGAGCAUACAAGACAACUUGGUAGCUCGAUGCCUGGAUUAGAUUUUGGUGGCAUAGGCAAUGGGACGAGUCGUUCCUCGGAGUCAGUUUCCAACCUGUCAGAUAUUUCUGGGGACACCUCCAGACACGCCAACCAAACUGGGCCAUACCUGGAAGGCCACAUGAAACUGCUCGCAACCAUUGAUUGUCCAGCUGAUGUGAUGUGCAACAGAUUUAAUGAUGAUGGGACACUUCUCGCUGUUGGGCUGAUUAAUGGGACAAUAAAGAUUUACGAAACAGAGCCUCUGACAUGUAACUGCCUGCACAGUCUACAGGACGAGGACACAAUGAAGGCAAGGCUCCCCGUGACCCAGAUCAGAUUCAAGCAUUUCGAGCCCACUGACAAACCAGAGCACAAGAGGAUUGUCAUUGCAUGCUAUGCUUCUGGGUUGAUCAAGUUCUGGCACUACACGUCGGGAAAAUGUCUCCACACAAUCAAUGAUCCGGACCAUAGUCAGAUCCUCACUCUGGCCGUCAACCCAGAGAACACACUGUUCUGCACGACAGGAGAUGACCCACGGGUACAUCUUUAUGACCUUGAAACACAAAAGAAAGUAUCCACUCUAGAACCAAGUGAUGGUCGGGACAUAAUGGACGGCCACAAGUGUCGCGUGUUUGCGCUGAUGUACCACCCCACCAUCCCGCAUGUGUUUGUAUCUGGGGGAUGGGAUGAUACUGUCCAUUACUGGGAUGAUAGAUUGAAACAUUCACAAAAACAUAUUAGCGGACCUCAUAUAUGUGGGGACGCCAUCGAUAUUGAUCCGCGGCACAAUCAUAUCUUGACUGGCUCUUGGUGCGCAGGGAUUACUCUACAGAUCUGGGACUUCAACACAGCCUUGAAGAUAAAGGAUGUUCCCCCAGAACCCCUCAACAACACCAUGGUGUACUGUUGCCAGUGGCUGGGAAGUGAGAGCAUCAUAUCAGGGGGACAUAACCAUAACAUGGCCCGCAUCAUUGAUCGGGGGACCCUCAAUACCACCGGUCAGUUGCUGGACCUGGCUCAUAGCGUUUAUUGCCUGGACAAUGACCACAAGGGCAGCCAUCCUAGGGUGGCCAUUGGCAGCCAGAAUUACAUCUACAUCGUCAAGGAGGAGAAGAAAAACAAUUGAGGAUGCUGCUGGGACUAGAAAAUAAAUAAUAAUUGUUUCCUGUUUCACUUAUUCUGUGGGGCCAUAAAAUAAUUGUUUAACUUUUAUUCCUUGCUCUACUUCUUCGUUGGUUGUGAACAAUUAUAUAUUAGUUAUUUCCACUGAAAUUAACUAAAUUAUGUCUCUAUAUUGCACGUUUUUGCUAUACAUUGUUCAUUACACCAAAAUGUAUCAGAUGGAGUGAUAUCUUGUUAAUGCUGGUAUUAUGAUGGGGUAAAUUUUAAUUCAUGGAAGUUAAACUUAUGUUAAACAAUAUUUACACCUUGUUCAUACAACAUAAUAUCCAUUCCACCUAUUAUUAUCUAGUUUUAGCUGUGUAAAGUGUAAACCAAAAAUCAGAGGAGUACAAUUGCUAUUUACACUAAUUAAAGUCUUCUAAUUGACUUGUUUUGAUAACACAUCUCUAUCAUUUGUUCACAGCUAUACAUUUUUUUUACAAGGUGUGAAUAGUUUACCCAUCAGACAGUCCUACACAGAUGUAUAAAUAACCUCCUCAAGAUCUAGAGGGUGAAUCUCAAUAUUGCAUGUAGCAGUUACCAACAUGCCAGAGUUAGCUUUGUUCAAGCGUAAAGGUGGUAAUUUCUGAUUGAAAUAAUAAAGACUUGCAUGGGCGGGACAUAUAACUGCAUUUGAGUUAUCAUAAGUAUUCCCUAAUCAAUGCUCAAGUUAUACUGUACUUACCGGUAUACUUAUUCAGGAUGGGUAGGUUGGUAGGAUUUUGCUUCAUAAAAUUCCAUUCCAAUUGACCCGAGCGCUUAUAUUCACAAAGGUCCUAAGAGAUAACUUGGAAAAAAUUCCUUAAAAAAUAUUUUUGUUUUAAGCAGAAUUUGUUUUUAUUUGAAGCAAAAGAAUAAUCUUACUUUUUAAUUUUAACAACUUAAGAUUUUCCUUAUAAGUGCUUUAUGAACUUGCCCAGCAGAUUGUACUUGCUUAGUCAGAGUGACCAAGUAUGAAUUGAUAAUUAAAGAUUGUUCAAAAUACUCGAAUUAUCCAAUCGAUAAACAUGUAUUUUAAAUCUUUGAACAAAAAAAUAUUCACAGGUAGGCCAAAAUAUCUAUAAUAAUAUAGAUAUAAUAAAAUAUGAUAAUUAUAUCAAUAAACACACAAAUAUGUAGGUACAAGAGACAAUUCUAAUCGGGUUUUCCCACCAGAGACUUGGAUUAAUAUUUUAAACAAAUCAUGCAGUAUCAAGCUUUCUGAUAAAUAUAGUGUUAAAUGUGGAAUAUUAUGUUGUAUUAAUGUUAUAUUUUGUAUAAUUAGUAAGUUAUUAAUAAUAAUCUUAUGUAUGUAUACUUUUGCGAAGAACGGAUUUGGUGCAUUUUUAAAUAGUGUGGUCAUUAUUGUGUUUUUGUAUUGUUGUUAAGUUACUGAAGUGAUUUAUUCUUGUAUAUAAAUUAGCAUGAUUAUAACCUUAAAUUCAUUAGAAUGAUUUGUUACAGAAAUUAUUUUGUAUUGCAACUAUGCAGCUUUUUUGCCUUUACUCAUUUGGAAUGAAAUCAAAAUAGAUUGCUAGUUAGAUGUACUAUCCAGGUUUGUUAGUUAAUAUGAUAUAUAAUCAAAACCAAUUUUACAAAUUGAAUAAGGAAGCUCAAGGCAUGCUUUAAUUAUGUAUUGAUAAAGCGCUCAGUCAUGUGCAGAACGGGAACAAUUCUCACUAUUGCAUGGAAAGAUUUUAACCCUUACCAGCAGUAUUUUUUGCUACUUAUAAUGUUAAAUAUACCUCUGUCUUGCAUAUAUUUUUUGAUAGAAUGUUGACAAGAGCACCCAAUAUACAUUUUAGUUUUAACUUAUGUUUUAGCUACAGGUCAUUAAAAGCCAUCCCUUCGUGACUUUGUUUGUGUUGCUUUACUUGAAAGCGCCAGUAAUCUGUGUUUUUGGAAAAUGUUAAGAUUGCUCCCGUAAUGUGUAUUGAGCCUAGGACCACCUGCCUUCAAGGAAGAUUCACUGAACCUUUAAAUCUUGAUAUGUUCCUUUUUAGAAUUACUAAACUCCACCAUGAUCAAGGAACACCAAUUCUGUUGCAGUCUUUGAUAUUUAUCGAAACAGAAAACUUCAAUGACACUUACACUGCAUUUUCAGUAUUCUUAAUUAUGGUUUGUGUGUUUUUUGCUUUUUACAAAAUAUUGUUCUUAAGAAAUCACAUCAUCCCAUUUACACAGUAUUUACAGUGUAUAAUAACUUAUGUUUGACACUGGCAACAAACAGUUGAAAUUAUGUAGAAAUGUGAAAUUACUGUGAAAUCACUUCAAUUUGCUGGAUACCAAUUCAUUCAAUUUCAAUUGCGGACACUUGCACAGUCUUAAAUUUGUGCAACAACCUGAAAACAUAAAUUUAACACCUAUAUGGCAAUUACACCACAUGAAUGUGUCAUAAUGACGGCUUCUUUAUUGCAGUAAUGCAUUGUGCACCAUUUGUUAUUGGAUUAUGCUUUUAACUUGGAUUGUAUCACGUCUAAAAGGUAUCCCUCUAGUAGAAAUAUACAUUGAUACAACAUAAUUUAUUGAUUUAAAGUUUUGUUUUGAGCUAUUGAACCUUCUUAUUAUGUUGAUGAGAUACAAAUGGCUUAAGCUCAACAUUCAGUCAGCAUUGUUGAAAAAAAACAACAAAUGUUUUCUUGCUAUGAUUUUCAUUUUUUGCAACUGCAGUAAUAGAAAUAUUUUUUUUUACGGAAAAUUUUUCCAUCAUUUUUGCUGUUUAUAAACGUUGAAACCUGGGUUAGAAAGCUUGACCUCAAAACAUAGGAUGACUGUAUUCGAUGUUAUAGAAAGCAAUACUAUACAAAAUGUACCAACUACCAGCACCUUUAACAACUUAGAAUUUCAUGACUUGUAUUCCCUAUGCCUUAAGUAUAUCUUGCAUACAGCUAUAUAGUCAGCUACAGAAAGAGUUUUUUUAGAUGUAGGAGUGUUUUUAAUAUGAACUUUUAGCAAAAGUUUGUAAACAAGGAUUGUCUGAUUUGGUUUUUGCUAAUACAUGUUGUAUUUGAUAAAGAAAACGGUAACUAUGCACAACAUGAAGAUUUACUCUGUUUUCUACUGACAUGUUUAUAACUUGUGUCUUUGUAUUUAUCAGUAUUACAUUGAGUUUCAUUGUAUAUUCAACCUCUUGUGUCUUGAUAUUAUUUUUAACACAAUGCAAAUUAUGGCAUUUUCAUUUUUGAGUGUAAACUUUUUAUCUCACCUAUUUUGGUCUGUUUAUUUCUGACAUUGUCGACUGUGUCAUGUGAUGGGCGUUGUCAACUUUUAACUGUUUACCACUGAUACGUAUUUUGAUGUGUUUGCAGUCCCUCAGAAAGUAAAAUUUAAUCGAAGACCUUUCAUACUAGAUUCAAGUUGUAAAUAGGCUUCAUUUCCAACCCGUAGAUACCACUAUAGAGACCACUCUUGUUUAGAUCACCUGAGCCCCUGAGUGUCAUAAUGAGCUAUUGUGUAAAAUCUAAGAAUAUCCUUGUUACUUCUCUAACACACCACAUUUAUGACUAAAUCUUAAUUAAACUUUGUGAGAAUUUUGAUCUUGACAAUAUCGAGGCCAAGCUCCAAUCUGUGUCAUGUGAAUGGAAAAACUUGAUUUCUAGGUUAAAUUGUAGAUAUUUGUUACCAUUCAAUCAUGACUCAAUCUCAAUUAAACAUGCUCAAAAUGUUUAUAUUGUCAAUACAUGUAUGUUUACCAAGUUUGAAUCUGGUUCACAUGCUCUCAAACACUUGGUCAGCAGGUCUAAUAUGAGAAAUACCUUGUGAGUUUUAAUAACAACAUAAUAGCAACAUGAAUGACUCAGUACAGAUGAUAUUUUGUCAGUUUUAUUAUGGUUUAUAUUGACAAUAUCUUGGCCAAGUUCAAAUCUAGGUUAUUACGUCUAAUUCACAAUGUCAAGGCCAUGUUUGAAUUUGGGUGAAGUAGGUUAAAAACCAGGUCACUUGGUCAAGUCUCAGAUAUCUGGUAUACCAGAAAGUCAGUUGAACGCUUUAGGGCCAUCAUGGCCCUCUUGUAGUAAAUUAAUAACAGCAAACUAUAUUUGAAUCCAUUAUUUAAGAUAUUUUUAAAGGUAAAGAAUUAGUUAGUUCUUAACAAAUUUGUCUUGAAAAUUUCUAAACAGCCUUCGCGGUUUGAUGUGCUGUUGAUGCAGAACUUGUUUUUAUAUCUUACAAGUAUAUCCUCAAGUCAUAAUAUUGUCAGAUGUGUGUCAAGUGCUUUCUGUAUGUGUUGGGCAUUUUAGGGUUCUCCCAUGUUAUUACAUGUUUAAGGUUUAUGUCAAGGUAAGAGAUCUGGAACUGUUACUAUGUGACAUUCAUGUUGUAAUUAAAUGACAUUCAUAUUUACUGGUAUGAUAUUGAAGUGUGUAUUAAUAACUUAAUAAGAGAACUUAAUCUUCGAUCAGUUUACUCAUUACGGUCUCAUUAAAAGUAGAUACGUUUUUGUUUGCUUGGUUGCCAUCUGACUUAAAAAUAAAGAUCACUUAUGUU